GGCUACACCCGAGACGGGAAUUUCAGUGGACCAUUUUCAGUUUAGGGAGUGAUUCAUAGAUGGCGAAUUAGCGUAAAUUGAAUUAAAUCACGUGACUUCGCCGGAAGUAUACAACUAUCGCAAAACUUGGUCAUUGGAACUCUUUCACAUUGUCUUCCCUAUUUAUUCACUGAUCAUGUCAUAAUCAGAGGAAAAUUUCGCAAAUUAUCUGCGGAUUUCGAUAGAUUGAAGCAAGUUCUUUCCGUCGAUAUUAUUUGUUUGGUCAAAUAUUGCCGUAGGUUUAUUUUAGUGAGGGGGUUUCCCCGUUAUAGUUUUCGAGGACAGGAUGUUCUGUGCAAAAUACACUGCCUACACACGUGCAUGAUUUGAACAUGACUUGUUUACACAUGUUACAUUUGCCUAACCUCGCACUGCACUUUCACCGUAAGUGUGAAGAGGUGGUUUAGGUCUCAAUUCGUGAAUAAAAAAAGGAUUUUGACGUCGGUGAAAGACCAGGCCAUGUCAAUCGAGACUGAUGAGAGAGGAGAGUAUAGAUAGUCUCGAGCCCAGAUAUGAGAUAGGCCUAUUGGCAUUGCUAUUCAUAAUUCAUUUGUAAAUGCAGAUGAUAAAAAGGUCCAACCGUAUCCCGACAGCAGACAGUGCUGCUAACUCGGUGACUGUGUCGAUGUUAUGACAGAAAAAAAUAAAAACUGACUUCUGAUAAGCUUUCGGAAAUAACACUGUCAAGUUCCAAUACUGUUUCAUGUUUAGACUGCUCCCUCUCUCUACUGCCACAGCUCUAAAACAACUUUCCCUCCAGAGUGGUUCUGUUGCUUCAAUUCAAUGGAUUAUCUUUGCGUUAUCAGCAAAAAAAACACCAGGACAAUCUAGCCUAUCUCAACUAGUCAACCCAAUGACAGUGUGAACCAUGCCGUCGAAGAAGCAAUACGAUUUAGUGUCGGACGAUGGCUACGACAGUCGGAUACCCUUACACAAUGAAGAAGCAUUUCAACAUGGAAUAUCUUUUCAAUCCAAGUACAUCGGAACGCUGGAUGUACCUCGUCCGAGCAGCCGCGUUGAGAUUGUUGCCGCCAUGAGGAGAAUUAGGUACGAGUUCAAAGCCAAAGCGAUAAAGAAGAAGAAAGUGUUAAUCACAAUAUCAACCGAAGGUGCUAAAGUUACAUUACGAAAAAAGAAAAAGCUUCGAGACUGGACGAUAUUCAGCCAAACAUCAGCUCCAGACAUAGACCAUGAUAAAAACCAGUGGCCAUGGGAUGAGAACCGGUUGAUGGUAAUGCACCAUGCUAUUUAUAGAAUCUUCUAUGUUUCUCACGACUCACAAGAUCUGAAGAUAUUCAGCUACAUCGCCAGAGAUGGUACCACCAAUGUAUUCAAGUGCAAUGUUUUCAAGGCUUAUAAAAAGAGCACUGCCAUGCGAAUUGUCCGAACUAUCGGUCAAGCAUUCGAGGUCUGUCAUAAGCUUAGUAUGCAAUACGCCCCAAAGGCAGAGCCUGAAGGAGAGGAGAACCACCAAGAGGAACAGGAAAGGAGAGGCAGCAAAAUCUCACCAGAUAGUAACUAUGAGUCCGAACCAGCUGGGGGCGAUGAUGCCUCAACCAACCCAGCCGAGGAAGCAUUCAAACAGGCCCAGGCGAUGCUUUCUCAGGCAACGCAGGGGAUGAAAUCUCCACCGCCCAGAGUCCCCCUCGGAGUUGAGAGUUUAAUAGCUAUGGUGCAGAGUACCCCUAAACCAGAAUACAAGACAUUUACCAUGGAAGCGUACUGUCAUCCUAACAUUCGCCCCGAGACCCCUAUUGAGAAUGAUUAUGAUUACGACACACGUUAUGAGCCUGUAGGCGGCACCAUCAGUUCACCACUGGGCUCGCCGCACCUGGUCGGAGACAUCAUGCCAACUAACACCACAGCGCCUCUCAGUACGCACCACCAGAUGCAGUUGCUACGGCAACAGUUGGAACAACAACAGCAGCAGACGCAGGUGUCGAUAGCGCAGGUCCAUCUUUUGAAGGAUCAGCUGGCUGCGGAGACUGCGGCAAGAAUUGAGGCACAGGCUCGGACACAUCAGUUACUACUCCAGAACCGAGAACUUCUUGAGCACAUCAACAACCUCGUGGGCCGAUUACAAGAUCUUGAACUCAAGGUCAAUGGCGUUGUACCUUCUGCUGAUAUGCUUAUCAAGAUACCCCCACAGCAGGAGGAAGGUGCGACAGCCGAUGUUGUCAAAGAUGGACACACCACGAUUUCGCGUGUUUAUACAAAUAAACACCGACGUUCCAAACUGCUGCCAUAUUUGGAGGAACUAAAGGAGGUCCUGCAACGUCUUAGACAGAUACCAGUCCUUCCUGAUCCAACCACGCCCCAGUCCGGGCCCGUCAUCAUGCCAGAGUACCGCGACAUCGAAGCCUCGAAUAUGACUGCCAUACCUGAACAGACCAUGUUCGAGAACUCAAACAUCAAAGCUGAAACUACGGACUCUCCCGACAGUGGUCACAAGGAAAUGUCGUCUGAUAGUUUGUCGCUUAGCUGUAAUAAUCACCAAGACAACGGAAAUACGAUAAGGAAUCAAGAUUUCGGUCCAUGGCAUCGGAUGUCCAACGGACACGAAUUCAUACUCGAUAAUAAUAAUCCAUUCUCGAUGGCACCUGUUCCACGGGCGGCAGAAACCCGCCGAGAUUCCCCGCGGAAGGAUCGGUUCAAGGUUAUAACACCGAUACCACAGCAAGAUGCGAGUGGUAACCGUUUGGACUUGACUGUUACGCCAAGAUUGGAUCCGCCGCCCAAAUUUAAACGCGAGCGCAGUACAUCACGAUCACCAAAAACGACUGGUGGCAAUGUUUCUGAUACGAACUACCGUAAUUCAUACCAAUCGACAAGCAGCCAGGAAAGUCAAGGUCCAUUUUACCGUUGUAAAGUGCCGGUCCAGAGAUCGGACUCGCAUCCUGGUGAUCGUGGUGAACAUGAGAGAAUUGUCCGUAACCAUAGCAAUAAUACCACUGGCAGUACGUCAUCUUCAAGCUCCGGUAGCACGUCUCGUACGAUAAACAAUCUCAGCCAUAGCUCGAAUAAAAGUAACCAGUUCAUCAUGCCGCAGACAGACACUUUAAAAGCGAAAUUACGCAUCAGUUUUUCAGAUGAUGAAAAUGGCAAUACGAGUACGGAAGAUAACAGUAUCGCUCAGGAGCAGCAGCGAAGAUCUGGGUCGUAUCUCGAUGAGUUAUCAGCUUCUAGCAGCUAAUAUUUUAAGAUCUGAGCUUGGGUGGGAUAUGUUUUCAGCAUAGGUGGGAAAAUUAUGUUGUGUGUGUCUGUCGAGAGAAAAAUAUGGUGACUGGACGGGUGUUCAUGUCACGUCAAGCUGCCACAAUUCAUGAGCAGAUAGAAUCAAUUUUGGCAAAGGAAUCUCACAGCACAGCGACUACUCAAUUCAUCUUGGCUUUGUUGAAUUAAAUCAUAAUGUCAAGCUGAAGUGUGAAUACUCAACCAGCAGAGAUGCCGUCAAAUUGAAAAUCUGAUUUAUCUUUUAAGAAUAAGUCGACUGCAUUUAAAAUCAAUCAAAAUACAGCUGUAAGACGCUAGCAAGAUAAAUCACAUGUGACAAAAUUUUCCAAAAUUUGGUACCAUUUUAAUUGAUCGGGUCUGUGGAGUUUAACUUACGUGUGUGGCUUGAUUCAGACGAGUUUUAAAAUUUUUCAAUUGAAGUUCCCAUUUGUAUAUAUCUGAUUUACCACUGCAUGCCAAACUUUUCUCAUAGUUAUUUGAAGGUCUACCACAGUUGAGUUACUGGUAAUUGUUUAAAGAAGAACUUGGAUUUGAUAGGCCUACUUGCUCGUUAAAAAAUACUCUGGGCCAAAUGACAGAACAUGAAUGUAAAGUUUAUGGGAUAUCAUUUACUACCAUGUUAUACUCAAAAAUAUGCUUAAUAAGGUAUUUAGGUCAGAGGAGGAGGAUCGAGGAGGUGGGGGGUCAAGAAUUUGGCAAGGCAUUUGCUUUUGCCUCUCUUAUUGUUUUUCCAGUACGUUUUUAUACCAUUUGAGUACUGGGAGGACAACAUUUUCCAGUCCCAGGGGGUGUCCUUAAAGAAGAGGUUGUACUGUAGGCCUGUAUAUAAUAAUUGUUUUAUAUGAUUGUAGAAUGUGUUAAAAGACGACUUUCCUAUUUGAUAAGGAAAAGUAAUAAUUGUUGGGAAAAUGAAUUAAUAAUUAGUGGUAUGCACCUGUCAAUCACAUUGUUUCCUUCCCUGGUGCAUAUAGCUGUGGACUCCGGGGAUUUUUUAAUGUACAGUUCAUUAGUGCCCACUAAGAACGAGCUUUUUCAUUAACACUUUGUGCCAUGAGUGGUGAUCUCAAUAUUUGCAUGCCAUAUAUCUAUUAUAUAUUACCCUGCCUUACAUUUUCUUCUCCCAUAAGCCUUUUUAUAUAAUUAGAAGUGAAUGCAUGGGCUGGCCAAAGUAAGCAUUUAGUGGUAUCAUAAUGAUUUUAUAACAAAUAAAAUAUUCUAUUAAAAAUCAUGUCAAAAUUGUUCCAUAGAUUUUAUGGAUGGUUUUAACCCAUUUGAUGGGCCAGAUUAUAAAAAAACAUGAUCAUGAAUGCUACUAUUAAGUAUCUUUUAUUUGUAGUAUUUGGACCAUCAAAUUUAAUAUGAAUUUUUGUUAACUGAUGAUGUUUACAUUAUAUGUGUAUUUCUUGUUUUCAGUCAGUCAAAAUGUCAACAAAACUAUGUUUAAAAGAUAACUUGAUAAUGGAGCUAGAGGUCCUUGUUGGUAGCCUCAAGGUGACCAACAUGCACAGUAUAUUUUAUAGGGAGAUAUAAGUCUGGUUUGACUGAUGAAAAUAUCACUUAUGCCACCUUGACGAGUACCGAUGUAUACUGUGGGAUGGUAGACGCCUAUGGACAACUUCAUGAAAUUCAAUGUAGCCCAUCUGCCUCCUGCUUAAAUAUUCCCCUUCAACACUUUUAGUGCCAUCUGACAUAGAUGGACGUCUCCAAAAUACCCCUCGUCCUGGCAGGUAUCUCGCUCCAAAGGCGUCAAUAUGAGAACAACAUGAAUAUUAUCUUCAGGGAAAGUUAAGAACUGAAGUUAUUCAUCUGUUAAAACCCAUAGUGAAGUGGUUCUGACCUAGGGAAUUUUUUG